AUGGCUGAGUUGUAUUUUAACGAUCGGCGCGUAGAUGGCCGAAAGACUACUGAAUUACGCAUGAUAAAAUGUGAGUUCCUACCUGGUAUGGCUGAUGGUUCUGUUCUAUUGGAACAAGGAAAUACAAAAGUCACCGCUUCAGUAUUUGGCCCCCAUCCUUGUAAUGCAAAAGCAGAUGAAAUUCCAGAUGAAGUGUUUAUCACAUGUAAAUACAAUCGCCCUCCAUUCAUCAAUACAUCUGGUACUCGACAGAAGCAUUCUCAGUCGGAUAAAGUUUCUGCAGAAUAUGCAAUGACUAUAGAGGAAAUUUUCACGGCUUUGGUUCGGCGUUCGAUCUAUCCAAAUGCUCAAAUUGAUAUCUUUAUUGAGAUUCUACAAUCCGACGGCUCAGAGUUUAGCACUGCUAUAAAUGCUUCUAGCUUAGCCCUUAUGGCCGCUGGUGUUGAGAUGAUAGAUUUUCCUGUUGCUUCAACUGUUGGCAAGUAUUGUUUCUACGGCUCAAGGCUUUUUGCCGACCUUUGUCGGUAUGAAGAGAAUUCUCGCGUUACCAGGGUUACCGUGGUCUGUCUCCCUGGAGGCACAGAAUUAGGCUCUGAUAAACUUGCAAGUGGCAAUCCUGAUAUUCCUCAGAAUAUCUCUGGUGCCCGUCUACUACACACUCGGCUUUCCUCUUGGCUUCCUUCAGAAAAGCUUAUCGUCCUUAUUCAAGGCGGUGUCGAUGCUGCCAAAGUUAUUCAUGCCGAGCUCUCGGACAACUUAAGGCGUUAUGUAAAGCACUCUGAACGCGUGUAA